UAUGAUCCGUUGAAGACAAAUGUAAAGUUGUAUUCCACUGUGCUCCUUUGAUUGAGUAUUACAGUUCCUAAUAGGUUUACUAUAUUUCAUCACAGUGAAAUAAAAUUGUCAUUCUUACUGGAUAACAAUCAAAAUCUGAGAAUUGAAAAAUCUCAAAAGGACAUGUCCCUCUGUUUUCUUGAAAGGUAUGAUAACAAAUGUCAGUUUUACACAGUCACCACCAUCUGUCUCUCAAAAUGUCACACACCCUUCGUUUUGUUACUCUGGAGAUGUUAAGUGGCUGGUAUGGCAGAGAUUAUUUUGCUCUACACCUGCUAAACCUGCUUGAAGGCAAAUAGCAGCUAAGCAACACAGGUGCAGCUUAAAAUCCUCGUAGAUCAAGUGUGUUUCUUCAUAAUUGCAAGUGAAAACUUUUCUAAGACAUUUAUCACAGUAUCCGAAUAUAACUGCUCUUGUUUAGAACCAUAAUGCUGUGUAUUAACUGGCACCCAUGGAAGGAAUAGAACUAAUCAUGAAGCCUCCUGAAGACAGCCAAAGAUUUUCAGGUCGCCCACGCACUGCCUGUUGGCAUUUACGUAAGACUGACUGUGUUCCUCUGCUCCGUGGAAAGUCCUGCACCUCCCGUGUCCCACAGCACAAUCAGUCUAUUGCACUUGUGCCUAUAAAUAAAGAUGUUCACGAAGUCCACAGUGAGAAGAUUAAUUUACCAUUCAUAGAAGAGACUUUGACCAAACUACCAGCAUGCUCAACGGAAGAAUUACCCAGCAACGUAAACGUGGCACUACUACCCAAAAGUGCCUGGAUGCACAAGCCUGGCUCAUUACAUAGUUCACAGAAUGAUUUCCCCAAUGGACCUCCCACUUCAUGUAACAGUACUGCAAGUCUGAAGCCUCAGCUCCAUGGUGUCAGCGGCUUCAAGUUCUUCACCUCCCAAACUAGGAAUGACCUUACCUCUAGUAACUCAGCAGAAGAGCCUAGGCGAGAAAAUCUUGUUAAUACAGGUUUCACAAACCAGAGCCAACAGAAUGGAGAAGCUGGGAAAAUGCCAUGGUACCUUGCACUCCUACAGGAAAAGGAACAGAGUUUACUGGCAAUGGGUGAAGAAAUUAACCGACUCUCUACCUAUGAGACUGAAUGCUCAAAGCUUGAAGGAGUGACCAUUGCUCUUCAGAACAAAUUAUCUGAGUUGACCCAUCAGCUCAACUUGUCUGAAAACAAUGAGGUCAUCAAGCACCAGGAACAAUUGAUCCUUCAAUUGCAAGAAGAAAUCAGGGAUCUGAAGAAUUCAGAAGCAGAGACUUCAAGGAAAGAUGAAUUCAUUGCAGAGUUACGAGAAGAGAUUGAAAGACUAAAAGAAGAGGCAACGAAGUGGAAAAUGUUGUCAGACUGCUCUAAUGGAAUUCAAAAUAUGAGAUCAGUGCAGGAUAUGGUCAGCAAUACCUGGAAAACAACUCCGAACCUGAGCACCAAAAUUAACCUAGAAGACCUGGUGGUAAAGAAUGCAUUCCCUGUUGAAUUUGAAAUGGUUUACACUGAAGAUGGUACAGAGUUUGGAGAAGAAUGUUUAAUAGACCUGGAAACAACCAAUAAGAAACUCAUGCAGCAGCUGGAGAAACUGCAGAAGAAAUAUUCAAUUUCAACAGGCACAGUAAGUUCACUUAAGAGAGAACUUUUCCGGCUUGAGUCAGAAUUGCAGAAGUGCACGUUGGAUCGAGAGAAUUUACAGAAGCAACUGAGGGGCAAACAGACACAGGUCUGCUCCAUGGCCAUGAAGUUUUCUAGAUUACGAGAUAACCGGAAAAAUGAAGAUCUGGAGGCAGAACUAAAAAAGGAAUGGGCUGUUCAAACACAUCAAAUUUCAGAGCUGACUCAAGAGGUGUCCAGAAGAAACAAGAUGAUCGGCAGUUUUAAGGCAGAACUCCAUCGCUUGAAGCAGGACAUGGCCACACUGAAAUAUCAGAACACAGGCCUUCAAAAGGAAAAAGUGGAUAUUCAGAACAGUGUAAUACUCCUUCAGCAUUCUGAGAGCCAAGCCAAAGUGGCCCUGGAAGAGAUACAUUCAAGGUUUGAAAGUUUCCGUAACAAGAUUAUCCAAGCUGUGUAUGGUGCACCAGGGGCAAAGCCUCCAACAGAAGAAAUCACUGACCAUGAAGUCCUAAGCAUUAUGCAGAAAAUAAUUGAAGACCGGGCAGAAUUUCAUGCCAGGCUUGUCAAAAAAGGAGAGAAAAUUCCCCCCCUCUUGACUACAGAAGUGCCAAGUAAACACAGUAAGCCAACUUCAGCAAAGAAACGCUAAAAGGCUGUGCUGUAGUUGGCGUGUAAAUAUUAUCAGCACCACUCCCGUGCAUCAGCAGAAGGGCCUCUGCCUUCGUUCCAGAAGAAAAAUGUUAAAUUAAAUGGUUAUUUCUAUAACACAUUCAAGUGGAUAAGCUAGGAUAUAAAAGAAAAAAUGCUAUUUUGGACUCUGAACGUUGCAAAUCCCCACAUCCAUAUGUGUUUCUAUCUCAUCACACGAGCUCCAGAAGCAGCUACAGGAUGGAAGAUGAAGGGACAAGAAUUACUGCAACUCGGGACUGGACGUCCUCCAAUCAUUGAAUCAAAAGCGUAUUAAAUGUUAACCAACAGUAUGGCUGUCUGACUUGCCCGAGAGCUCAUGUUUGCUGUCAUCAUUUUGUUUGAAUUGUUGGCCAUAUUUGAAUUCUUUUACAAAGCAGUGGUUAAAUAUUAUGUACACUGUAAUAAUAUGCUAAUAAAGUCUGAUCAUGUAACACGAAUUGUGUUACUUUUGCUACAAAAUUAAAAUCAAAAA